GUGCUUGUCCCUCCACCCCUUUUGACGACAUCAGAAGGUGAAAUAGACUUAGAUUGUGAACAUCUGAGAAAAGCCAGUGCCAGCAAGGGAGCCAGAGAAAAUACACACUCUGUACAGAGCGAGAGUCACUGCUUCAAGAAAACCAUGCACAUAAUCGAAGGACGCACUGGGAGAAGGAAUCUGUAAAAGGCAACCUGCACAUUGCACCUAUAGAACAUAAUACAUCAUGUUGAGAUAGGAGGUGGUGGUGGAGAAUGAAAGGGACCUAACAAAUGGAGAAGAGAUCCCACAAGGCCUAUUGGAUGGAAAGAUGCACCAGCAGGACCUACAUAUUGCAUAGAUGAACCCAGUUCCAAAACACACAGGGAUCAUGGAUUUCAUGAAACUAUGAAAUAAAAGUCACACGAAAAGUCCACAUGAUGGAGAAAAGUUACCCAAGUUACUACAGGAGAAAGGAAGCCAAUCACCUCAUCAUGAGAGGUACCACACAGAAGAAAGGAACUAUAUGAAAAAUAAAAAAAGUAAAUGCAUUGAGAAAGGUAUCAGUGCCUACAAUAUGGAAAAUGACUGACACAGGGCCUAGUAGAUCGAAAUAGAAGCUCAGUAUAUAGAGUUAAGACUACACUGAAUGGAGUGGAUAAAGUUUGUUCUUCACAGAAUCAAAUGGAUUGAGAAAGGGUCCACUAGAUCAAGAAAGGCCCAUUGGCUACAGCAAGGUACCCACAGGGCCCAGUUGAUGGAAAAGGGUAUCUACAAUGCCAUUUAAAUGAUGAAUGGUACCUACAGGGCCCAUUGGAUGGAGAAAGGCACCCACAGGACCAUUUGAAUAUCAAAAGGUACCUACAGAGUCCAUUGGAUGGAGGAAGGUACCCAAAGGGCCCAUUGGAUGGAGAAAGGUACCCACAGGACCAUUUGAAUGUCGAAUGGUACCUACAGAGUCCAUUGGAUGGAGGAAGGUACCCAAAGGGCCCACUGGAUGGAGAAAGGUACCCACAUGACCAUUUGAAUGUCAAAAGGUACCUACAGAGUCCAUUGGAUGGAGGAAGGUACCCAAAGGGCCCAGUGGAUGGAGAAAGGUACCCACAGGACCAUUUGAAUGUCAAAUGGUACCAAGAGGGCCCAUUGGAUCGAUGAAGAUAUCCACAGAGCAUUUAGGUGGAGAAAGGUUGCUUUAGGGUCCACAGGAUGGAGUGGAUGUAGAAAGUUACACAGUGCUAUUGGAUGGAGAAAAACGGUGACAAAGGAUUUGCCUCAGAUCUUAUUAUUUGGAGUUUCCUACCGGACCUAGUGCAAAUACAUGCACAUUUGAAAUACCAACCGUUGCCACAAAUUAACAGUUGGCAGGACUUAUAUCACCAUCCUGUCCUGUGGAUCCCACAUGCCGGAGUCUUCUAUAUACUUUUUGGUGAACUUUUAUUUUUUUAUUUAUUUUUUUAAACUAUGCUUUAUUUUGAAAAUUGAGUUUACGUUUAGUCUGCGUAGUUGUCAACCCCCAGUAGUAGUGAUCUUUUCAUUUGGAUUGAUCAUUUUGCGAUUUAAUUAAACACGCCCCUGUCUCUGGUUGUCAGUGCCUCCUUCUGAGGCCUUUUUUAUCCAUCUUCCCACAAUGCUUUGCAGUGCCAAAUUAUGGCUGCAUCCUCAUUUAUCCUUCAUAAGGCUUUCUGCAGGCACGGAUAUACAAAUUAUUGCAGUACCUACCCUCCACAGCAAAAGAAAUUGUUUAAUUUUGAGGUAAGUUACUUUAGGGUGUUGAUCAGAUUAUUUAGCAUUUUGUUUGGAAUUUAAAUUUUAUUUUCCUACAUCUUUUUUUUGUAGCCAGGAUGUAGCUGUCUAAGUACCUCAAUGCACUUUCUUCGCCUGGCUGAGCCUUAUGAGAUUUGUAGUCCAAUAUUUUUUUUUGUAUCAUAAGGAGUUAUGCAAACAACGGGCAAAUUAUUUUCCUCCCCUUUGCAUCAUUCAGAUCUUUUCUGAUGUACAUUUUACCACCAUUUCUGUUGAUCAAAACUUCUAAAGUGAAUUUUCAUAUUUAAGGCCAAAGUAGUUGAAUUGGAAGCACAGCUGAAUCAGAUUUUUUUUUUCCCGUUUGGCUAUUUUUGCCUUAAUUUUAAAUUCACUUUAAAUUCUCACUUUAAUAACCCUCUUACUCUUUUCAAGGAACAGAAUAAACAAAAUAAAUAUAUAUUUAAGCUUAUGGCGAGUUUAGGAUAGGGGCAUAGGAAAAUCUUUGGCACCCCCUUCUGUUUUAGCAGUGUUGGUCCCACUGCCCGUGAAUAUCUCCCCCAUUUUUGGCUGGCUGGGCACUUUUUACAUAUAAAAUUUAGUGUUUCAGUACAAGAGUAUUGUUAUUUUCUGUGUGUUUAUAUCUUCAGAGCGUAUAAAUUUGUUAACAUGCGUCAUAGUCUGUGAAUGCUGUUUAUAGUCUGGAAAUGUGACAGAAUAUAUUUAUAUAAAAAGAAAAUGGCAGGGGCACAAAAUAUUUGUUUUUUGUAAAGUCCCCCCCUCGAACGUCAGAGCAUUUUACAUUUGGUUAAUUAAAGGUAAGUAUUGUUGUAGUGUCAAUGUUAGUGUUUGUAGCAUAUAUAGGGUUUAUCCACCAAACAAAGCAUUGUAGUGAAAAGCUCGAAGUAGUUAAAUUUUAGAAAAAUUCCCCAACCACAGUCACAGCUAUUCUGUUUUUGUCUGAGUUCUUUAAUUUGGUUUACAGUUCACCACGAUCACUCUUUACUGACGUAAAAUAGUUUCGUAGUGAAAAAUUGAAAAAAUAAAUAUGUUAAAAUAGACAAGCUGUGACUAGAGGUGGUUGUAGAAUAUUUUUAAAUCAAUAAGUUUUUUUAUCAAAAAGUUUGCAAUUCGAUUUUUAGUCAACUAAAAUGUUGUGUUUGGUGAAAAAAUCCUGUGUGUAGAAUUGUUACUCUGUAUAUAUUUGUAGAAUUGUUAUCUGUGUGACAUAUGUGUGUGCAACAUGUUGUGUAUAUAUAUAGUUGUAUGAGUGUAUGUAUGCAUAUUUUAUGUAUAGUACAAGCAUAUAUCAUUGUGUUUGCCUAUAUGUAUAUGACUGUGUGUGCAAAAUUGUCCACAUGAUAUGUAAGAGUGUGUCUGUGUUUGCAGAAAUGGUGUAUAUGUGCAUCAAUGCAAUGAUGUGUAGUGCUAGCUGUCUAUCUAUACAUGUGAACCAGUGAAUAUGUAGAACUGUCUGUAUGUGCCAUUGUGUAUUCUCUAUAUUUGUGUCAGUGCGUUUGCAGAUAUGUGUGUAAUUAUUUGUAUACUUGUAUCUGUGUGUCUGUGAGUAGAAUGUCCCAUAUAAUUCAUUAUACGCCUGUGGGUGUCAAAACGUGUAUAGAUGUACAUGCAAAAUUGCAUGAAUGUGUUUAUGCACGUACAGUUGUCUCUUUGUGUACUACAAAUGGAAAAUAGGCUGUAUAUGGCAUGUAAAUGAGUGUGUGCAAUAUAUUGCAUAAUAAGCUUAGGAAGUGUAUAAAUAAGUCUAUAUGUGUGUCAGUUUUUAAAAUUGUAUAUCUAUCAGUGUGUGCGUGUGUGUGCGUAAGUGUGUGUGUUAUUUUCUGUACAAGUAUCAUUGUAUUUGUAUGAAUGUAGUAGUGUAUCUGCUUGUGCAGAAUUAUCUCUUCUAUGUGUAUUUUAUAUAUAUAUAUAUAUAUAUAUAUAUUAGUGCAUCUGCGUGUGCAGAACUAUCUUGUGUGUUAUAUAUAUAUAUUAGUGUGUUUGAGUUUGCAGAAUUGUUUAUACAAUUAUCAGUGGAUUUGGGUGUGAAGAAUUGUCCCAAGGGUGUCUGUGUGUUUGUGUGGAAUUGUUUAUGUAAGGAUCGGGUUUCAGUGCAGGAUUGUGUGUGUUUGUUUCUGUAUGGGUCUGGUCGGUGAUUAUUUGUGCACAGCUUUCUGUGUGAACCACUGACAUUCUUUAAAAUGUAUCAAUGUGUGAAUGUGUAUAUUUUCUGCCACUGAUUGUCUGUGAGUAUUGUCUUGUUUUGUGUUAAUGUGUAUGUGCAGGAUUAUGUGUAUCAAUAUUCCUGAGUGUCUCAUUGUUUGUGGAUGUCUAAUAUUCUGUCUUUAUGACUACUUGUAUACGUUCACCAGUGUAUCAGUGUUCCUGUAAGUAACCACAUGUAACUGUAUUAUUUGUGUACACUGAAUUAUGUGUAAUUAAAACUGCAUCCAUCAGAGUACAUUUGUGUGCAAACAUGCAUCAAAGCACAUGCAAUAUGCAUGAUGAAGUGUGUGUGUGUGUGUGUGUGUGUGCAGGUAGGACUAUCUGUCGAUUGGUAUGUAUGUAGAAUCAUAUGUAAGAGUUUAUUCCUUAAACUCUGACUUGGAAACCAAAUUGCAAGAUUUAGGUUAAAAUAGUCAGGUUAUGACUGUAGGUAAGUGUGUGCAUAUCCUCUCUACCUUCGCAAUGACUAUAGGUAAGUUGAAGGUUUUGUCCAAAUCAGCUAUUUCGGCCUAAGUUUGCAAUUCACUGCAAAUAUGUGUUUAGCGAAUGAGCCCUUUGACUCUAUGUAGCUGUGUGUGCCUUUGUGUUAGAGAGUAAGUGUUUCCAUUGCAAUCUUAUCAAUAAUGUAUGUGCAGAACUACUGUUAUCAGUAUGUUCGUGUGUAUAGAAUUGUCUUGUCUGUCUGUAUUGUCUGUGUCAGUGUGUUUGUGCAGAGAGUGGUGUAUCCCGUAGAAUGUAAGAUCGUUUAAUCAGGGCCCUCAACACCUUUGGUUCCUGUGCGUCCAACUCGACUUGUUGCAAUUACAUGUCUGUUAGUCCACUUACUACUAGCCCUACAUAAACAUGGACUUAGGAAGGGGGUAGAUAUGCAGCUAUUUCCUUUUAGGAAUUGUUGAUGUUUUUAAUUGCACUUUUUGUCCCUGAGGAAGUGCACCCAUUGGAUGAAACAUGUAGGACAGCUGAACUUUACGUGCAAUUUAUAUAUUUAAUUUUUACAAUAAAUUGGAGUUUUGGAUAUUUAUACUGAGUCCUGUAAAUCGUUCCUGGUGUUCAGACUGCAGUCAGGAGCAAAAAUGAAAUUGGAUAGCCCCCAAGAAUUCCAGGGGAGGCAUACUCACUGUAUACUGCAUAUCUCAAAUGAGAAUAAAGAAAGGUAUGUAAAAGGAUUAAAUUGCUACUAUACACUGUGUACAAGCUGACUGUUAUUAUUAAUAUGUCACAAUCUUUAUACUUCCUGAAUUUAUAGAUAUAAUUAAAAAAUUACUGAAAGGGACACACCAGGCUGUUGUCCCCAUUUAUUACGUAUUGUAAAGAUAAUUAUAUGGAAAUAUAUAUUUUGAAAAUAAAAAAUUUAUACUUAU